GGUAACACAAACAUCGUACACGCGAGCCGGGUGUAACGUUCAGUUGCGUCGUUGCACAAAGCAUUAGUAGUGGUUCUGCCGUGCUAGCUAGACUUACCAACAAAAGAAAACAUCAUUCACAACCAUUUUGUACGGGAUGACGGGAAUAUUUGCACAACUUUCACCCGGUUUGGAACCAGGUCUGGCUGGCAAGCCAUCUUCCUCCGACACCCAUGUACUGGACGUACCGGUAAUCGGCUCGACGGUACCGACCACCAGCCCACCGGAACGCUCCAACUGUUUGCGUGCGGCCUGUACCGGGCUGUGUAAUAUGAACCGUGGUGCCAUCCGGAACCGCAUGCGACUGGUGCAACUGCUACUGUCGAUCGGUGCGUUGGCUUUCAUACGUCCCCAGUACAACGAUGGAUUCCAGUGGAUCACCCUGUUUGUGCUUUGUCAUUCGUUCGUGAUUUCGUUCGUGCUGUUCUGGGACCGGCGCUGCUGUGGAACGAUUGUCCGUAGUUUGCUGCCCCUGGUUAACUGGCGCCGGCUGGAACUGCAAUAUACCGCCGGUGUUACGCUCCUACUGUACGUGCUCUCGUACGGACUCAUGUUCGCCCACAAGGGAUACGGUGGGUAUGAAACGUGCAACUGGAUAUCCAGCAUUCUGUCACUGUUGACCGCGCUUAUGUACGCCGGAGAAACCUUCGUACAGCUACGGGACAUCUACGAUGGCCGUUCGAUCAACGUACAAUAGUUCCGGGUAACUACGCCAUCAAUCACCGCGCUUGUGCUCUGGUGUAGAAAAAAGAAGAUGACCGAAAGAGCGCCAUUACACACGCACACAGCAGCGCCAGUGUUGUAAUGCUUUGUUUCGUGUAACUUUGAUGCAAGCUUUCAUUAGCUUUGCAUCGUUACCGCCAUCUGGCGGUAAACUAUAUGUACUAUUCGACAUUUCGUAUGCACACGCGUGCUUAAAUACAAUAAAUAUUCUAUUCGUUGUUUGGGUUUAAAA